UCCCUCCCCCUGACAGUGGCACAUGGUUUCGUUCUGCAGAGAUUUUAGUCUCCUAAGGCUCUGGAGAGGGAUGAGAGCGCAGAAAUCCAACCUGGGGCACUUUUGGCACUUGAAACACCAUAAUUCAGAGGAGGCGGGUACAUCACCACCUCUACAACUACGAGAGUCAAGCUGAGCAUCAGCAACCCUAAGUGAAGAACCAUGAAAGACAGCUACGGAGGAUAUGAGAACCAGCUUUUUAAAGAGGAGGAUUUCAAUGGAGAGGAGGAGGAAAUCCCUCAGUUCAGAGGUCGCGCGAGAGGAGGUUGUGUGAGAUGCCAGCAGGGCCAUUCACUGCAACUGGCUGUCAAAGUCCUCUAUGCAUUAGUAGCGUUCCUGAUCAUCACUGUCGUAGUGCUGGCAUCACUUGUUUUUAGAAAGGUUGACUAUCUUUCUGAAGAAGAGGCAAUCUAUGAUAAGAAGAUCAGCAGUGCUCAGAAAGUUAUAGAUGAAAUCAGUAACUGCUCAGGCUGCCUUGAUGUUACCUUAUACAGUGAAGAGAUAAGUCGCCUUAAGCAGGAGUUUGAGGACAUCCAAAAAAUGUUACUGAGCCAAGAGCAGGUCCUGGACCAAGCCUCUCAGACCCAAACAAAGUUAACAGCUACCAGCAAACAGCUUAGCACAGAUAUGCAGAGCCACGUUAUGUCCAUUAAAUUUCUAAACCAGUUGCUGGUGGGAUACCAAGACCAGGUGGAUGGCUGGAAAGAUGUGCUGGAGGAAACAGAAGAGAGAAUGAAAACUCUGACCGAGGAUCAGUAUGAUGUUAAAGCUACUGCACAGCAAAUCAACACGACAGUUGCACUAAGUACUAUGUGGAUUGAUGCCUUGCAGAGAAAAUCAGAUGAGGAGACCCUGGUCCUCCAGAAGUUGACCACCGACUGGCAGAACUACAGUCAAGUUCUGGGCAUGAUUAAAUCUAAUGCGAGCACCAACACGCAAAUCUUACGAUCCCUUCAAAACAGCAUCAUCGCGGACCACCAGAGAAUCUCCAUUUCAUCGGAGAUGUACUACGAUCUCAGUCAGCAGGUAAUGAAUCUACAGGUGCAACUCGACAAUGUUACAUCUUUCAUGGAUGAACAUGAAGAGAACUUGCAUGACCUGCACUACCAUUCCAAAUAUUACGAAAAUCGCACCGGCGAACGUUUCUCUGCAAUGGACGGUCGUCUGAACUCCAUCGAGAUGGAGAUAGACACGAUAUCAUCCAGCAUCAAUGCCACUGUCAGUCACGUCCAGAGCAUGUACAAGUACAUCAACAUUGAGAGCUCCACAUGCCAAAGUCGCCUGAGCAGACAAAUGGAAGAAAUGCAGUACAUCAACAGCAGCGUAUUGUUACUUCUUAAUUCAGCGGACACACUAAAGCAGCAGAAUACGUUUUUAAAUGUCCGUUUGGAUGUGGAUGUCAGGAACUUGUCCAUGGUGAUGGAGGAGAUGAAAUUGGUGGACAUUCACCAUACACAACUGAUCAAGAACUUCACAAUAUUGAGAGGUGCUCCAGGACUUCCUGGUCCCAAAGGGAACCGAGGAGAAACUGGGUCAAAAGGAUCUGUAGGACUGACUGGGGGAAAAGGUGAUCGAGGCCCAAUAGGAAGCCGUGGAUUGCAAGGAGAAAAAGGCGCUUCUGGUCCCAGAGGUGCAGUUGGUCAAUCCGGUCCUAGUGGUAACAGAGGACCGACAGGCAGCGCAGGACCCAAGGGAGUCCAGGGUCAACCAGGACCACGUGGUGAGAAGGGCCAGAAAGGUGAUAUGGGCCCACUUGGCAAAACUGGGGUCCCAGGACCAAAAGGUCCAUCAGGAAUCCAGGGCCAGACAGGACUACCAGGUAUAAUUGGACCACCAGGGCCCAAAGGGAAGCCAGGACCAACUGGGCCCCCUGGCCCACCUGGAACCCCUGGACCUCCAGGAGUACAGUAUUCCCAUGAUCAAUCCAGCACGCAGCAGAGAAGCCGACCUGCUGCUGGAGCUAAAAGACAGUAAGAGAUUGAAUUUGGAUAUGGACUCAGGAGCGUGAAAUGGAGCAUAAUGACAAUUGAAGAAGCUGUUCCGAACUGAAUCUUAAAGACCUGAAUAAAACAGGACAUUUGAAGAGAUGAAGAUUCUGAACAAUGGUAGAACGUCCUACCAACAGACUGAGUGUCAUCUGACACAUUGCAUUUUUGUUUCAUGCAGGUUGUCUUUACUUACCUUUGCCAUGACACAUAAUAACGGAUGUGUUCUUUUAGGGGAAAACACACUACAGCAGUGAAUGAUAUUCCUAAAUUCAAACAAAGUAGUCCGGGUUUACAUCUAUCGGCUAAAUGCCAAAACACAUUUCUCCGAGUAGUAGCACUUUCAAGAGGACGUUCAGAAUUUUUGACAUAAGGCUUAAUCUUCGAGUUAGCGGGGGUUUAAUUAGUUGGUGGAGUUGAGUUCAACAAAUUCCAUGCAGUUUGUUAGUUAUUUGUUAGCUUCAGGGCUCCGGAUUGGCUAAGCUAGCGCAAAUCAAUGGUGCCUGCUCAGCAUACCAAUAAAAAAACAACCUAUGCACGCAUGAGAAUCACCGAUGAACCAUGCAAUCAAUAGUGUUGGCUAUUUUUUCAGGGUAAAGUUAGUAAAACUUACCAUUGCAUGUCAAUAAUAGCGUGCCCCACAUAACGCGCCACCUUUCCUCAUUUAUAUUCAUGACGUUAGCAACUGUUGCUAGGGGGGUCAAACUCGCGUUUGUCCCUCAUGCUAGAUGCAUGUAAAGAUGUGGAAGAACAUACAAAUGUUCAGUUAAAGAGAUGGCUUGAGAGUUGAGGGCUGAAAAAGACGGGAAAAAGAGUCGACCUGAUCCAAAAGUACGUAGCUUUUAUAUGGACACCUUUUUCUUGUGUGAAUGAACGAAUGAAUGAAUGUGAAUUGCCUUACGCCACUGACAAUGACAUUCUCCUAUUUCAACAAGUUACUCUUUAACACCAUAUGACCUGUCUUUCUUAUAUUUUACAUCCUCUGGUUGUCUUAUGUCUCUGACCGUUCUUGGGGGUAAUUUAUAAUACUAUUUUUGUGUAGCGAUCGCAAAUGCUACUCAGCGACAGCCAACAAACACUUUAAAAUUUUUUCAUUAAUAACAAAUCUUAAUUCUAUUAAUGUAUUUACACGUCCCCCUUACUAAGAUUGUUUCUUUACAACGUAAAAGGUAAAGCUGUUAAAUCUAGAGCCUACCUGUAGGCAUGAACAGGCUUACUACAAAAAGACCAAAGCCAAACAUGGCUUAUUUAAAUACACGUAUUUUACAACCAGAACAACAGUGACAGUCAGAUACCAUUUUAUUUGUUUUCAGGUCAUGCAUUGUCAGACAAAAGCAGCACGGUAAAAAAGCUAGGCUAAAAAAUUAAAUAAAAUUAUCAAAAUGGCCUCUUCGGGGCAGUCUGUGGCAGGCACUGGAUUGUCAUCUGUAGGGCCAUGACCACAAACAAAAUGUUUACUGCAUAUGAGGGUGAAUGGCUUCACCUUGCUGGCGUUAAACUGGUCUUUUGGAAGUCGUCACAAUUUGAUCCAUUGUUCACAUUUUUUUCCUCUGAGUUUUUGGCUUCGGGAAACGCAUGAAGAAAACAUCCUUCAUAUGAGGACGUUCGUAAUGUCUAGAGUCGUUUCUAAAAAUUCCAUAGCAGCAGUGGUUACUCGGCAUGUUCUUUUAUUGAAAGAUUACAGGCAGAAAACAAGCAGCACUAGCAUGGGUUGUACAGUGGGGCAAAUAAGUAUUUAGUCAACCACUAAUUGUGCAAGUUCUCCCACUUGAAAAUAUUA